UUUUAAAAAAUCAAUUAAAUAAUUGCUUAUCUAUGGCGAAAAUCUAAUUUAUUGCAGGUAUAAAAAUCAAAAAUGCAUUUGGGGAAUUCGACAAGUUGUGAUUCGGAACUAUUGGGAGCUGAUCAGCCAAUCAACCAAACUAUCUAAAAAUGAAAUUCGUCAUCUGCUUGACUUUCUUGGCUUGUGUCAUUGCCUGUGUGUUGGCCUGUGAUCCUGACAGCAACAAUAUGCCCACAUGCACCAGCAGCAACCUGAAUGUGCCCGUUCGCAACUUCUGGGAUCCCACCUGCUAUUGGCAAUGUACUAAGGCUGGUGCCGCAGCUGAAAUUGUCCGUUGCCCCACCGCUGAAUUAUUCGAUUCGGCUUUGGGCCAAUGUGUUUCCUACAAGAAUUGGAAUUGGACCGCCCCUUGUCCAGAAAAUUAAGUGAAUAAAAAAAUAAUUUGAAAUUGAAAA